UUCCCGGUAAUCAUUUCGACAAGCUGAAUUUGACUGAUUUCGUGUUAGAUAAAAUUUUAGUGUAAACUCCCGAUAAUUUUUCGGUAAUCAAUAUUAUUACGUGAUUUAAUUAAAAAAUUCAAGUAGGCAAUAGCGGGUGCACAGGAAAAUAUAAUAGUGAAAAAUUUGAGUAAUGACGAAGAUUCUGAGCAAGCCAACAAGGAAUAACAACAACGAAGAGAAUUCAUCUCUGCUAUUCAGAGCCAUCAAACGUCAACCAACCAACCAAGACACACGGCAAAGAAGACGGAAGCAGCAACAGCAACAUCACAUCAUACAAUUAUGCGACCUUCCCACCGAAAUCCUGGAGAUGAUAAUCUGCAACAUAAACAUCUGGCACCGUAAUCGGAUUCGAGCGACAUGCACUCGAUUGCGAAACUGUUGCGAUAGUCGAUUGAUGCACGAUUUCAAGAGUUCCCUCAGCAAAUAUGGGAGAAUUAACAGAACAGGAUAUGAGUUCUCAGCCUUGCAAGUGAUCCAUCAGGCGACCUGGUCGUACAUAAAGGCGGGAUACUGCCCCCUGUUUUUAGGCGCCAUGCUCCCUCUGAUGCGGAACACCUACAAGAAUCCGUUUUGUCCUUCAGUGGGCAAAAUCAAAACGUUCCUUCUGAAAUUUUAUACACUAAUUGAAGAGAGCUUGGGCGACCCAUUUUCACAAACAUCACGACUCCUGUAUGUUGUGACUUUGCUGGGGUUCCUCAAUAAAUGUAACAACUCAGUUCUUCUAUCAUCGAUUGAUAUUCAACCUGAGCAUUGGCGUACAGUUUACCAGUUGCGAGGGUCCUGGUUUGGGAUGCUGUGGUCCUCCACAUCACCCCAAUGCUUCAAUUAUUCAUCGGACAAAAACGAGCUUUUAAUACUCCUGGCGGAGAUUAUGAUAGCAGUCCACUCGCAGACAGCAUUCAAAAAAGUGUGGGAGUGUGAAAACAAAAUCUUCGUUUUUGGACAUGAUCUGAGCGAGAGAUGUCGUAUGCCAAAAGUAACAUUUGCCUUUGAUAUUCAUGGUUCUGUGGAGGUGAUCCAGCUUUUGAAAAGCAGUCCAGUUCACGAGGACUGGGUUCGCUUACCCGAAGAUGAAUUCAAUGUGAGUCUUAUGAUACACUGUCAAGAAGCUAUCAAGUGGGGAUGUUACCCUUCAUACCGUCUAGAAAUUGGGCCAUACUACGAAUACGAUGCCGGUGCACGUGGAAGCAAUGACAAUUCACUAGCUAGGAAAAAAACAAUUAAAAGUAAAUGAAUCCAAGUGCAAAUUCAAGGAAAUUCUUAAAGAAAAAAAGUGUGUAGUUCCAAAUGUGCUUGCAGAAG